UGAUGCAUGUUGACAGAACUUGAACUUUUAUAACUACAUCCAAGGCUGCACGUAGGCCUAUACCGAACUGAGAACACAAACAAUUGCAGUGGGCUUGUUUUUCGUGAUUUUCGUGAUGGAAACCGCCAGAGAGUUCAAUAAGAGAGGGUUUUCGGUCUUGCUGAUGGCCUUCAGCGCUGUCGUGGUAUGGGGAGGAGCGUUCAAGAGUUUGGGUGUGCUUCUUCCAGCAUUGACAGACCAAUUCACUGACUACACUUGGUUGACUGGAAUAGCCGUGUCCAUUAUGGGAGUCACAGCAGAUAUAGCAGCUUUGGUAACGAAGCUUCUCCAAGACAAGUUUGGAAGUGGACGAGUGCUGAUUUGUAGCACAGCAGCAAUGGGUUUGGGUUUCGUGCUGGUCUCGCUGGCUACGAGCAUUGUUCACAUCGCCAUUGUUCUAGCCCUUGUUAGUGGACCAGCGCUGGGAAUUACUAUUGUUUUGAGUAAGGUUGCUCUGGGAUGCCACUUUAACAAGAGAUAUUCCCUGGCCAGUGGAAUAAGCCACACGGGACAAGUCAUCUCUCUACUGGCUUGUGCGCCAAUGAUGCAGCUGUUUCUCGAUACCUAUGGAUGGAGAGGAGCGUCCUUGCUUCUCGCUGGAGUCUGCUUCCAUCCAGUAAUCUGCGCAGUGCUUGUACGAGAAAACAAAACACGGUACGAGAUACCUCCUAAUCAGAGUGAUGUCCACGAAACUAACAGUAAUGAGAGCACCAGUGACAAAUCUUAUUGUGCACAUGCCGUCUCAACUAUGGACCUUGGUGUACUUCUUCGGUUCAAUUUCUGGGUAGUUUGUUCUAUACUGUUUGGGCUUCGAUUCGUAAACACCGCCUGGUUCCUGUUUUACGUUUCCCAUCUUCAAGCCAAGGGCCUUACUCCACAGAUAGCUACAGGGAUUUGUUCAGCUGCCGGCGUAGGCUAUUUUUUGGGAUGUAUAUUGUUUGCAUCUUUUGUGGAUAGAGGCCUUCUGAAGUGCUCAUCUGCAGUACUGGUAAGCAGCCUAGGCUUGGCCCUGUCGCUGGUGGUGGAUCCAUGGCUCGAAGACGCAGUGGCUAUGGCCUUUGCUAACGUUUUCUUUGGCAUGUCCACGUCGGCGCUGUAUAGCCUCAGCGAUGUUCUCACCAAAGAACUGUUGGGUGUUGGAAGACUGACAAGUGCGUUUUCGUGGAUUGGGGCUGUGUGUGUCUUGGGUAGCGCACUCGCAGGAUUUAUGCCAGAUUGGGUAUACGACACCACUGGAAACUUUGACACGGCGUUUAUAGUCUUAAGUAUUACGCCAGUCGUGGCUGCCAUCCCGCUGCUCAUAGGAAGAAUCUGGAAACAACUGUGUUAAAAACACAGUGUUAUUGGUAAAUAUAAGCCAUCCGAUAAUAUUCCCAGUAUUCUUGUAAAUGGCAACCUAAAUUACAGUCAAGUAUUCAUAGCUUACAAUUUCAACAGCUAUUUUGCUGACAUUGGCCCAAAUCUAGCAAGAAAAAUGCACAAAAACACAACUAUAUUUUCUGAUUACCUUUCAAAUCAUGUUCCUCACUCCAGUUACAUACGAUAAAGUCAGUGAUGCCGUAAAAGACCUAGCUAACAAGACCAGUUGUGAAUUUGACUCCGUACAUUUGUUCUUAAAAAGACAAUAUCUGCACAUUCAAAAUCCUUACGUAAAUCUUUUACCUUUUGCUCUCAACCGGCGUCCUACCUGCCAUCUUGAAAAUUGCUAAAGUCAUUCCUGUUCAUAAGAAUUUAGAUAAUAAUGAAAUGAUGAAAUAUAGGGCUAUUUCGGUCUUGUCAUGCUUCUCAAAAAUCCUUGAAAAGUUGUUCUACACACGCACCCUUCGAUUGUUGAAUACUGAUUUCCACUCUCACUCGACCCGCCAAGCCUCACAAUUCCAUUUACCGUAUACAAGAACCCGGCUUGCCCAACAAAGUAUUAAAUAUGAAGGACCGAAAUUUUGGAACUCAUUAGAUAAAUAAAAGUAAUUAUAAGAAAUUACUAUUUAAUUCAUACACUUCUAAUUGAUUUUUUCCUUGUUCUCGAAACCAGUUCCGAUUUAGGAUUUAUGAAUAUUCCACCAGUGAUCUUUUGGUUUGUUUAGUUCAAGUGUUUUGUAUCAACUUUGCACAGUCGUUUGUUUACUUGCUGUGGUGUAUCAAGCCAAUAGAACCAAUUCUAUGCUAUUUUGUACUUCAAUUUAAGUACAGCAAUAAAAUCUGAAUGUAACACGUUUUACUUGGUUUACUGCCACAAGUUUGUAGUACAUUAGGCACAUUAUCAAAGGGUUAAUAAAGGUAUACAAAAUGUGAAGCCAGCGA